AUGGCGCAAUCUCUAAAUGUCAUCGCGCUGAUCUCGGGAGGCAAAGAUUCACUCUUCUCCAUACUCCACUGUCAAGUAAACGGCCACCGCGUCGUGGCCCUGGCCAACCUGCACCCGGGGCCCUUGCCCAAUGGUGAAGAACAAGACACAAACAGUUACAUGUACCAGACGGUCGGACACUCUGUAGUCCCUCUGUACUCGCAAGCACUGGAUCUGCCGUUGUACCGCCGACAAAUCACGGGCACAGCAGUCGAUUCCAGCAGGGAUUAUGCGGCGCCGUUGCCCUCUUCUUCUUCUUCUCAGCAGACGCAUGGUCAAAAACAAAAGUUAGCCACUCAUCAUCAGCAAGAGAUAGUAGAGGAUGAUGAUGGGGGUAAGCAGGACGAUGAGACAGAAGAUCUUAUCCCAUUGCUCAAACGCGUAAUGCAAGCCCAUCCAACCGCCAACGCCAUAUCCACCGGCGCAAUCCUAAGCACCUACCAGCGCACGCGCGUGGAAUCCGUAGCACUCAGACUUGGCCUCACGCCGCUGGCGUACCUGUGGCAGUACCCGCAGCUCCCGCCGUACGAGCAGUCUGCGCUCUUGCGCGACAUGCGUGCCGUUGGGCAACAAGCAAUUAUCAUCAAGACGGCUUCUGGCGGGCUCGACGCGUCUUUUUUGGGGCUGGAUGUCGCUGGUGGCCCGGGUGCUGUGGCGCGGUUGAGCAAGGCGAUGGGCAUGUUUGGGGACGAAGUGGGUGCUGGGGCGAUUUUGGGUGAGGGGGGCGAGUUCGAGACGCUCGCGGUGGAUGGGCCGGGCCCACUGUGGAAAAAGAAGAUUGGGGUUGAGGGCGAGGCGGUAGUGCUGGAGGGGGGACAGACGAUGUUUAAGGUGGUGAAGAGUUGGGUGGAGGAGAAGAAGGACAUGGGGGAUGUAGGCGCGCUGAGGGUGCCCGAGGUGUUUGACGAUGAGUUUGCAAAGGUGUUGGAGACGCUGGAGAAUUCGAAGUCUGAUAUGGCGGAUGGUACUCGGGAGAGUAUUACAACUUCCACUAAGCCAUCAACCAACGUCUUCCUCCUCCCUACAAACACCAUCCACUCUACCCCCACCCUCCUCACAAUCUCCAACCUCACCUCCCCUACCACCACCACCACCCCAUCAACCCCCUCCCGCCAGCUCACAUCUAUCCUCCUCCUCCUCUCCCACCACCUCCGCCAGUACCGUGUCCAAAAAUGCAACAUAACACACACCACCCUCCUCCUCCGCUCCAUGUCCCACUUCACAACCUUAAACCCCCUCUACGCCUCCUUCUUCACAUCCAUCAACCCCCCCUCCCGCGUCACCGUCGCCUGCUCCGACACAAUGCCGGAAGGCGUAGACGUGAUGCUCAGCGUAAUCGCAGAGCGAAGCGAAAAAAGAGAGGGGUUGCACGUGCAAAGUACGAGUUACUGGGCUCCGGCGAAUAUCGGACCGUACAGCCAAGCUAUUUCUGUCCCGCUACCUUCUUCUUCUUCUUCUUUCUCCGGCUCCGGUGUUGUAGGAGACGACGAUGGAGAGGAAGGGGAUAGAGAAGAAGAAGAAGGCAAGAGAGUAGGCGACAUCGUCUACAUAGCCGGUCAAAUCCCCCUCCACCCCGCCUCAAUGUCCCCUUACACCUCGCACGGGUUUAUAGGCCAAGUCGCGCUGUCGCUGCAGCAUCUGUGGCGCAUUGGUGCGGUGAAGGGGGUACGAUGGUGGACUGGCUGUGUCGCUUACAUUCCUUCCUCCGUCACCUCUACCACAUCUUCUUCUUCUUCGGUCCCACCACCCACCCCCACCGCCAUCCACACAAUCCAGCAAGCAUGGCGAAACAUCCAUCUCGCAAACCAACCCACCACCACCACCACCACCUCCGACAACGAAGAAGAAGACGAAGAAGAAGAUAUAGACCCCUGGGACGUCCUAAACACUCACCCCACCACUUCCUUCUCCGAUAAACUUCUUCGCCGUCGUAUACCAGAUUACACCGCUCUCCACUCCCCCACCUCCACCUCCUCUUCCUUCUCUUCUAAUCAAGCACAUGUCCCAAUACCACCCUGCUACACAGUCCAAAUAUCCUCCUUGCCCCGCAACGUAGAUAUAGAAUGGAGCGCCACUGGUCUUACCGCCUCUGGCCUAUCUUUCUCAAGGGAUUCAUCUACAAAAACAACUACCACAUCAAUCCAAGGCAGCCCGGCGCAGUUUUUCAGCUGUGAAGUAAGCGGGGAAGAGGAUGUGGGAAUGUUGAAGGAGAGGAAGUGGACGGUUGGUACGCUUUAUGUUUCGCGGAGUGCGGGGUUGGGGUGGUGGUUGGGGAGUGUGCUGGAGAAGAUGGGAGGAGUGCAGUGGGUUCCUUGUGAGAGGGUGUGGGGGGAGGGGGCAAGGGAGGUUGGUGCUGUGUUUUUGGGGCGGGUUGAUGGGGUAGAAUGA